AUGGAGGCUCUGUCUUCCAGCAGAGACUCUGAAGGUCAGCGUGUCAGCGCGGCCUCCGGGGUCAAACAUCUACCUCGGCACCUGGUCUCCGGUGACAGCUAUUCCAUCAAGGCAGUAACGAGGGAGGACGCAGGCGGAUACCAGUGCCAGGCUGAGCCAUGGGAGAGCAGCAACAGCACCUCUGGAAAGAUCCUCAGUGAGCCGGUCGAGCUCAGUGUGUUAGAGCUGCCUCCUUCUGCACUGACUCUAACUCCCAACACCAGACAGCUCUUCAGAGGCGAGCGCUUCACCGUACAGUGCCCCGAGUCUCGGACCAACUCCUCAGGAUGGAUGCUGAAGCAUUUCCCUUCAAGCCGUCGAGAUAGGAAAAGAGUCCUCCACCCUGACCAGUGUUCACCGCUAGGGGGUGCUGUGAGCGAAGACAACCCUGACGCUUGUGCGUUCACCGCUGUCAGUGCAAACGGUGGACUGUACUGGUGUCAGGGCCCCGAGGGCCGCAGCAACUCAGUCAACAUCACAGUAAGCUUGGGCCCCGUCAUCUUGAAGACUCCUGCCUUCCCUGUACUUGAGGGUGAUGAAGUGAUCUUGUCUUGUCAGUACUUGUCAGGCACCUCCGGUAAAACAACCUUCUUUAAAAAUGGAGCAGAGAUGAACACAUCGUACAGUUCUGCAUCUUCUAACAGAGUGAUAAAGAUGACUAUUGAGAACGUGACACAAGACGACGAAGGUUUCUACAAGUGUGCUUCACAGGACGGAAAAAUGGAGAGUCCAGAGAGCUGGUUAUCAGUGAUACCAGACCGAGGCAACCUCACAACAGAUGGGACAGCCUCCACGAGUGGCUCCUGGAAAUGGAUCCUUGUUUCAUGUGGACUGCUCCUGUGCCUCAUUCCUCUAACUGUUUGGCUAGUUCGUCACUACAGCUGUUGGCCGGUUUCCAAAGAAGCUCUACCAGCCGUGGAGCUUCCUGUGACUAAGCAGGACGCGACAGAAGUGCAGUGGGACCUGUCCUGGAUGGAGAUGUCCAAUCUGCUGGAUAAGCAAUUAUAUCCAGGCACUUAA